GUUACAAAUGACAUAAUUUAUGUUUAUGUAUAUAGUGUGCAGAUUCUUCGUCUCUACAAAUCUUAUUAGAUAGACAGUUGCUUGCUGACCAACGACAACGUCUGACUGAAGAGCAAGCUCGUGUUGCAGCCGAACAAGCUGCUCAGCACCAGGAAAUGUUACGGGCCCAGGCUGAGCAUGCAAGAUUAACAACUAAUCAGGACACACAAGCAAGACCACCAACUAAUUCAGGGUCAGCCUCAAGCUAUGCCAAUGGAUUAGCACAAGCAAGCGCUCUUCUUCAAAAUCCACAAUUUGCAAACCAAUACAGCCAGUUGAGUCCGGAAUUGCAACAACAACUACUUCGUAACCGAGAACAAUUGGCUGCUUUGAUCGAACAACACAGUAAAGACAACAAGAUGUUUGCUCGCUAGACUUUUUAUACGUACACAUACACAUAUACACACCCACUAUCUUUCUUUCUUUCUUUCUUUCUUUCUCUCGCUCACUUGCAUGUACUCACUUACUCGCUCACACUCAAACACUCACAUAUGCAUACGUAUGUGUAUACUAUUUUAUUCUGCUGUACGUGAAUAAUAUUUCUUACCUUUUGUUUGUAUACGAUAUACACCCAACACCUAUAUUUACACUGUCUUACUUGCUUACUCGCACUCUUUAACACUCACUCACAUGCAUAAUAAAAGAUAUAUAUAUAUAUAUAUUUAGACAAGAU